CAUUGCUCAUCUCUGCACUCUUAAAUAAAACAGCAUAAUGCCCAAGGUCUCUCCAUGGAAGCAACGAAGCGAUGGCCUCUGGAGCCGGCCGCUCAUCGGACCUGAGCGCAUGUUCGACCAGUGGCUCGAGAUCGAUGGUUGGACUGAAUGGAUGGGCGCUGUCAUCUUCACAAUUGCUCCGUCUUACACGUCUCAUCUGAAAAGCAAAACCAAUGUUGAAGCUUGGUUCAGCAAAGCGGUAUCGCGUGUUUGCCUUGAGAAGCCUUCCCUCCUGGCAGUCAUUGAGCGUGGCCAAGAAGAGUCGGCGGUCGCCAAGUCUCGAGACUUCGUUUACCGUCCUCUCACUUCAGACAGCGACUUCUCCGAGAGGAUCAAGCAGAGGACUACCGUUCUGCAUACCGAAAAAUCAGCUCAAGAGGGCUUGAAGUUGCUCACUGACGACUUCUACUCGGCUCCGGAGAAACGCAUCAGCCUAGAGCUCGGAGACCAUCUGAUCCAUGUAUCCCUCGUUUUUUCGUCCGCUGAGGCGGGGACUUUUGCCCUUGCAAUCCGCUACAAUCAUGCAUUGAACGAUUUCUGGAGUGGUGCGGCUAUUCUCAACAAACUUCUUAGCAAACUUGCAGACGGCCUGAGUACCACCCAAGUGCUAUCGCUUUCAUACAAAAAUGCAUCUCACUCUUCUCUACACCCUUGCUAUCUCGACUUUCUUCGUGAUCCUAUUGGAGACACUCCGUUGGAUGCCGAGUCUCAAGAAAAGACAGCGCAGCUUCUUGGCGCCAAUCUCAGCAAUAUCACGCUCUGCCCUAUCUCGCAAGAGCCGGCAAAAGACCGACCUGACACCGAUUAUUCUGUGAGAAGGCAGGUUCUGUCGCAAGGGACCACACAAAAGGUCUUUAAGCUCUGCAAGGAGUAUGGGGUUACUGUGACGGCACUAUUGACGGCAUUGCAAGCGCUUGCACUCCUCAAAACCUUUCCUCCGGAGGAUGUGUCACGAACCACGGCGGCACCUAUCUGUGUGAGCAACAGGCUGCGGCAGACAUCUUUCGGUGGCAAUCAGGAUCGUUCAGCUUCUUCGAAGACAGCAUUGAGCGAGAUACGUCAAGAGGCAGCCUACAUCGGGCCCGUCAUGGCGACUACUUUCCUUGUGUCUCCCUUUGACGUGAGUCCAUAUCUCAAGAACCAGGACGCGUCUAUCGGGGACGAUAACUGGAGGAAGAUUGUUUGGGAAGUUGCCCGAAAUGUUGGUCGAGCGACCGAUGAGGCGGUCAAGAGCAAUCUGAGUGAACAUGUGGAUUGGACUCAAGGCCCAGCUGCCUUUGGGGGUGUUGCGCAUGCAAUGGAAGCGAUGAAAGCCGGUCUACUGCCUUUACCGCCUGGCAUGUUUACUCCUCUGUCAUCAGCAGGUCUUUUGGACGGACAUCAUCUCCCAGGGUCAUACGGGUCUCUAGAUCCAAAUGAUAGGCCUGCACUGAAUAUUGACGACUUUUCGUUUUAUUCACGAGUUAGCGACUUGUUUGGACCUCAAACAUGGGCUUGGACCUUCUCAGGAAAGCUCAACAUAAUUCUGGUGAUGCCUGAUCCACGAGUCCGUUCCGUUCCGAAUAUUGGUUGGUGGAAUCUGUUCAAUGAGAUGAUCGUCAAUAUAGCGACUGAGGGUUCGUCUGAUGUUAGUGCUUAGUAGAUGAAGCUUAGAAUACAAACCGCCGCGCUAUAGUGUUUCCAUCACGUAGGGCGCACUUUUGAAGUC